AUGAGCAGCCCCGAUGCGGGCUACGCCAGCAGCGACGACCAGGUGCAGGGGCGGUGCUCGCUGCCCAUCAUGAUGCCGGCCAUGUGCCCGUGGGCAGAGUCGCUGAGCCCGCUGGGGGAGGCGAAGGCGAAGGGCGGCGCGGCGGCGUCGGGGCCGUCGGGUGGCCGGAGCAAGGGCGAGGCGCGGAUCCGGCGUCCCAUGAACGCCUUCAUGGUGUGGGCGAAGGACGAGCGCAAGCGGCUGGCGCAGCAGAACCCGGACCUGCACAAUGCCGAGCUCAGCAAGAUGCUCGGUAAAUCGUGGAAGGCGCUGUCGCUGUCGGAGAAGCGUCCGUUCGUGGAGGAGGCGGAGCGGCUGCGGGUGCAACACAUGCAGGACCACCCCAACUACAAGUACCGGCCGCGGCGGCGGAAGCAGGUGAAGCGCCUGAAGCGGGUGGAGAGCGGCUUCCUGCAGCACGGCCUGGCGGAGGCGGCGGCGGGGCCCGGGCUGGGCAGCGAGGUCGCCGGCGGCGGUGGCAGGAUGUGCGUGGAGGGCCUGGGACUGCCGUACGGCGAGCAGGGCUACGCGGCGGGCGCGGGCCACUACCGGGACUGUGCGCCGCUGGGCGCGGCGUUCGACGGCUACAGCCUGCCGACGCCGGACCCGUCGCCGCUGGACGCGGCGGAGAGCGAGGCGCCCUUCUUCGCGGCGGGGCUGCAGGAGGAGUGCGCGCUGGUGCCCUACGGCUACGGCCCGCACCCGGCGGCCGCCGAGUACCCGGCGGCGGCGGCGUCCGAGAGCCCGUCGGGCGCGUCGCUGCGGCGGCAUCUGCCGCCCGGGGAGGCGCUGGGCGCGGGCGGGUCGCUUCAGGGGCUGCUGGGCUGCCCGGCGCCGCUGCACGCGUACUACGGGCAGUGCCAGCCGCCGGGCCCGGGGCGCUGCCCGCCGCUGCCGCCGCCGGGGGCCGUGGGGCAGCCGUCGCCGCCGCCCGAGACGGCGCCGUGCCGGGAGCAGCUGGAGCAGCUGCCGCCGGAGGAGCUGCUGGGCGACGUGGACCGCACCGAGUUCGAACAGUACCUGCGCUUCGCCUGCAAGCCCGAGCUGGCGCUGCCCUUCGGCGGCCACGACGCGGCCGCGCUGCCGUCGCCCGAGGGCGCGGCUCCCAUCUCGUCGGCCGUGUCGGACGCCAGCAGCGCCGUCUAUUACUGCGGCUAUCCGGACUUGUGA